AUGACGGGGGUGGGGGAGCUGGAUGCUGCCGGGACGACAAGGGAACCAGAGGUUCAGGCGGCAGCGAGCACCGUCGGCCACGUCGCCGAGCUACAUGACCCCCCUAUAGUUGCAGCGGCAGACGAGAGCUACAUGUCAGACGAAGAAGUAAUGGAGUCUGAUAUUGCAUUCAACCAACGUUUCGCAGCAAAACACUUGCGCGAAGUUGCAAAGACAAAACUUAAUCCUAGCAAGAGGCGCUACAUAAAUGAAACUGGCUUCGGUGAUCUCACGAGCAUCUCACCUUUCGCAGCGCCACAUGAUCUGAUGGAAUGGUUAACAAUGAACAUUGACACUGACAGUUGUGAGCUCAGGCUGAGUCAGAAUAAGGUCAUUGUGUUUACUCGAGACAUGGUGAAGAAGGUUUUCAAUAUCCCAUCAGGCAACAGACCAGUUGAGCUUUUCAAGAGACAUGAGCAUUGUGAGCUCCACAACAUUUAUCACAAGAAUGGUAGGGCUCCAAUUACGCAUACAGUGGAUGUGCUUCAUCGAGCUAGGAAUGAUGAUGGUGAUACUACAAAGAUGUCAUGGGUGCUCUUAGCGCUUGCAACAGUUUUAACUCCAAGCACUGGCAACAUGGUGCCGCUAGAGUACUUGAAAAGCCUUGAAGAAAUGGACAAGGUUACUGAAUUCGCUUGGGAUGAACACGUUUUAAGUGUUGCAAUGAGAGAGGUCAAGAAGUGCCAGGACAAGAUAAAAUCACAGGCUACUUCUUCAUUCUGGGUUGGGGGCUGCUUCUCUAUGCUCGCGGUUAUUUACAUGGACCAUUUGAUAUUUCCUCAAGCUGCCAUCAACAAGCACCAAUUGAAUUAUUCUCUUCCAAGGGCUUGCUUCGUGCAUCAGAUUGAAUUUGAUCUUGUGUUGGACUUUGACAAGAAUAAGCUUUCUUUGGGCAAAGCCUCAUUCGGGGAGUGUCGUUUUCGCUCUCUGUUAGAGACACCAUACGCAGCAUUGCCUGCCCAAGGCCCGGUAGGCAACAACAGUGAAGUUGCUCAAGAUCAGCAGGUUUCAGACAGCCCGGAUUGUGAUGAUACUCAAGAUUGUGGAGCUGGAAAUAUCAACAUUAAUGAUAACCAAGAUGAUGUGGCUGUGAAAGAGAACCCUACGAAAGGUAGCAACCCAACGGAUAAUGGCAAAAGCACCGACGAAGAUGUGUGUGGUUCGCUGGAUGAUUGCCUUCAAAACCCGGCACCAUUUGGGGCAGAGCUUGAGCUCCCAUCACAUAUGGCUGCAAUCUACGACAAGCACACAAAACUAUAUAACGCAAAGUUAAAAGGGUCUCCAAGUUCUUACGGGCAAAUGUUGCAAGCAAUACAUUGCAAGCGAAUGGAGCAGCUUCUCAAAGAUGUUCAUGUUGCUUCGUCAAGUUCUCAGGAAGCAGCGGAUGUUACCUUUGAUGUGUCGCCUCCUCACAGCAAUGUUGUAGGCAAGUCAGAUGGUCAUGGUUGUAGAAAGGAAAGUUCUAGGGAGAAGGUCGUAGAUGAGCCAACAACUGACAAGGUGUUUGAGCCAGCUGAAGGAGCUCGAAGCAACUGUGCAAGUAGCAUUGCUCAUGAGCCUAAUGGAGGAGACGUGGUUGAGCUGGGCACAAGAACUAGUGCUUUUGUCAGUGAGAACCUUGCACGAUGUUUUGAGACUACAAAGGAGAAAUUGUCCAGUGGUGAAGAUAUUGAGCAUGGUCACCAACUCAGCCAGCGCAAUCACUCUAUGCCGACUAGUGUGGCUGGACAUUGGAGUGAUGUGCCAUCAAUGAGUGUGUUCCAAGAGGGCACUGAGGAAUAUGAGUGGUGGAUCAGUGUCCUAAAUGUAGAUGCGAACUCCAAUGCUCCAACCCAUGGCAACACUGUUACAACACCAAAGUCUUGUGAUGUUUUUUAUGUCACUCCUCAGGCUCCAAUCUCAACAGAAGCAGAAGUUCUAGUGUAUGAUGUCACACCAACCUCUAUGGCUCCAUUAUCAAGUGAGACUGCCGAUGGACCAUCAAAACCACAAGAAGAGCCAGUUGUUCUAGUUAGCAACAGGGAACCAAGUCCCGACCUCAACGAGGAGAAGUUGAAGAGCAAGGAUGAGAAGAAGCUCAAGGGCAAGAAAAGAGUAGGGAGUCCAAUGUCGGCCGGAUCAAAGUACAAGAAAAUCAAGAUAGAUUCGAAGACGGAAGCAAUGUACCAGUACUAUGUCAUGAAGAGGUACAAGAUGAAGAGAGGGGAAAUUGAGCCUCCUUUCAUUAGGAUUCGUGAUUUCCACAUUACCUACACCAACUUUCAGACGUCGUUGAAGCCACGCACUCAGAUAUGCAACGAAGUCAUGUCUUUAUUCGUUGAAACCUUCAACAUUGAACAAUUGUCAUCUUCAAAUAAGCAGAAGAAAUUUGCUUUCUCUAUUUUAAUGAGCCUUCAACUCUCUGUCCACCCAGAAGUUUUUGAUCCAAGUGUUUGUGCAAGAGAGCUAAGGAGGGUGUGCCAAAAUUUCCAGAUUUCAGUUUUUGACCUACUUUUCUUCACCAUCCUCCGUGAUGGCCACUGGAUUGUUUGUGUCGUUAACCUCUUGCACAAGGAGUUCAACAUGUUUGACUCAUUGGAUAAUGGAAAAUUUGAUGUUGCUGCAAGGAAUCUGUUUACCAAUUUCAAGAGGAUUGUAUAG